AUGAGUAUUUCUUACAUUCUUUAAGAUUCAAACCGUUCAAAAUCUUUAGUAAAUUAUAUAUCAGGUCCUUAAAGACCUCUUUAUUUUAAACGUCCUUUAAUAUCAUAAAUAUUAGACAUUCCAAUAUACAUAUCUCAACCCAAGCAGAAAUCUCCAUUAUUACAGGCCAAAACAUAACAAGAUCUUCAUUAAAUAGUUUCAAAAACCCGUACAAUAGAAAUUCAAACCGACUACAGAGAAUCCGAAUGCCAAACAGACCCUUAUUCUCCCCAUAUAAUAGUCCAAAAUAUAGAAUAUUCGGAAGUAUUAGAUCUAUAGAAUUUAAAAUGGGGAAAAGGGCUUCCUUGUUCUAUUUUAGAAUUAGAUUAAAUCCAAUAUAAUCGUGAAUUGAGGUAUUUUAACGAAAGCUUGCCUCCUAUUUCGGACGAGGCUUCUUUUUAUUUAAGAAGGAAAUUAAUGGAAGAAUAAGAAUUAUAACAAUGGAAGAAAAAAGAGGAGGAAAUUCUUGAAUUUUAAACCGAUAAAAUCAAUCUUUUAUAAAAAGCUUUAAUUGAAAGAGAAAAAGAAGUCGAAAAUAAAAACUAUGAUCGCCUUUAGGAAAUUAAAAUGGCAAAAACAGAAAAUAAAAAUAGAUAGAUUGCCAAAAUAUAAAAACAGAAAAUCAAAAUAGUCCGAAAAAUGACAAAAGAACGUGAAAAAUGGUUCCAAAUUUAAAAGAAUCCCUCCAAUAAACGCAAUAUAAUAGAAGAAUACGCGAACUUUUCAUCCCAAGUAUACGCCGCAAUAACCCAUUAAGGUCUUUCUUUAGAUAAAAUAGCAAAUAAAUAUGAAAUAUAACCCUAAUAACUCGAAAAAUACCCCUAAUUAAACACUUUAAUAGAUAAAAUAAACCCCAAAGUGUUACAUAUAGACAUAAGUAUAUAAAAAGAAUUAAAAAAAAUCGACAGUUAAUACUCUAGAAGGGAGAUUAACCAUAAACAAGAAUUAAAUAAAGCUGAGAAAAUAAUAAAAAACAUCAAAGAUAAAUAAAAAGAAGAAAAGGAAAAUUAAAAAAACAAUAAUAAUAAUAAAUACUCUUUUAAAAAUCUUAAAAAUAAAAUCCGCCCAUAAACCCCUACUUGGGAAAACAAUGAGGAAAACCAGAAUUCAUAUUUAAGUCCAUUCCAAGAAUUAAAAGACUUUUUAUCAAAAAUAGCCUGCCCAAAAUAAUAAAAAGACAACAGAGCUUCUUAAAUUAUAUUUUUAUAAAAAAUGCUUAGAGGGAGGUCAACUUAAAAUAUCAUGUAUGAAGGAAAAAAGAAAAGAAUGGCUUUAAUAGAAGAAUUACUCGCAGUAUCUUAAAUUGAAAACCUACCAGAAAAUCUCCAAGAGGAAUUUCUAAUAAAUAAUCAUUAAAUAUUAAUGAAAAAGGCAGCUAUAGAAUCUAUAUAAGGUGAAAUUAUAGUAGAAACUUUAGAUUAACUGUCUAAAGAGUUACUUAGAAUUAUUUAAUAGAAAAAAAUCUUUAAAAUGGUUCAAGAAGCAGAAAAAACGAGAAAUUUAAGAUAAAUUAAUGAAGCGGGAAGAAGGUAAGCCGAAGAAAUAUUAAGAAAUAGGGAAAAUGUAUUACAUUAAUAGAUUAUGGCACUUAAUUAGGGAACUGUGGAUACUUAUUUAGAUACAAUUAUGAAGAAUGUAGUCGAAUUAUCUUCUGGAAGAUAGGCUAUUAUUAUGUCGAAUCUAAGAAAAUAAACUGUAAAUUUACCCUUGGAAAAACAAGAAAAUAUAUUUAAUAAUUAAUAAACUAUUAUUAAAAAUUUAGUUCAUUCAUUUUUAAUUCCAGAUAUUUAGAGAUAAAGAACUUAAUUAAAAAGUAAUAAAAAAAAUAGUAUAUAAAAACUAAAAUAUAAUAUAUAUAAAGUAUAAUAAGAAGAAAAGAAAUUUUCAGAAUCAGCUAAAAAAUCUUUAUAAAACUCUGUUUAAGGAGCAUCAUAAAAAUUAUAAAAAAGUAAUUGA